AUGAAAGCGUACUUCCAAAAUAAUAUUCGAUAAUUAAUAUAACCAUUUGAAGAAGACCCUCAAUUAGGGAUUUCUUCAAAUUCAGACUAUGUUUUAGUACCAGAUUUAAAAUGUAUGGUGUUUAACUUAGUUGAUCUCUAGAGAAAUGAAUUCGAUUAACAAAGUUUUAAUCCAUCUAUUUAUAUACCUUCGUCAACAGAUGCUUCAAGUAAUAAAUUCCCUGAAAUUUUAUCAAGUUAAGGUUAUGAGUCUAUUUCCUCAAACUCUAUAGAGGAAGAAUUUUGA